AUAUAUAUAUAUAGUUAUGGCUUCAAGCUCUCUCAGCAAAAAGGUCUCUGAUUCGUCUUGGACACCUAAACAGAACAAGCUCUUUGAGAAGGCUCUUGCAAAAUAUGACAAGGACACUCCUGACCGUUGGCAGAAUGUGGCUAAAGCUGUUGGUGCCAAAUCAGCCGAGGAAGUUAAGAGACACUAUGAAAUCCUCUUAGAGGAUCUAAGACAAAUCGAAUCUGGCCGUGUUCCCAUCCCCAACUACAAAUCCACCGGCAAUGUUGAUGAAGAAGAGAGGCUCAUGAAGUAUCUCCAGCUGAAUUGAAGGGAAUCAAUGACUGCGUGAAUCCAUCAUCUGCUCCUUAGCAUUUAUAUGUAGGUGCUGUUGCAUGAUGACUCUAUAAUACAUAUAUA